AUGGGGGCCCUCAGUAAGAGGAAUUCUAUUUUACAGCAAACAUCAAAUCAGACGCAAACAGAUUCAUUGUCUCCAUCCCCUAAUCCUGUGUCACCUGUGCCUUUGAAUAACCCAACAAGUGCCCCAAGAUAUGGAACAGUAAUCCCUAAUCGCAUCUUUGUAGGAGGAAUUGACUUUAAGACAAAUGAAAAUGACUUAAGAAAAUUUUUUUCCCAGUAUGGGUCUGUAAAAGAAGUGAAAAUUGUAAACGACAGAGCUGGAGUGUCCAAAGGGUAUGGCUUCAUCACGUUUGAAACACAAGAAGAUGCACAAAAAAUUUUACAAGAGGCAGAAAAACUUAAUUAUAAGGAUAAGAAACUGAACAUUGGUCCAGCAAUAAGAAAACAACAAGUAGGGAUCCCUCGUUCCAGUAUAAUGCCAGCAGCUGGAACAAUGUAUCUAACAACUUCAACCGGAUAUCCUUAUACUUAUCAUAAUGGUGUUGCUUAUUUUCAUACUCCAGAGGUAACUUCUGUCCCACCACCUUGGCCUUCACGUUCUAUAUCUAGUUCUCCUGUGAUGGUAGCUCAGCCAGUUUAUCAGCAACCUGCAUAUCAUUAUCAGGGAGCUAGACAAUGCCAUCCAAGAAAAUACUGUUUGCUUCCUUUCACCAAAUGCACAGAAGCCCCUGCACAAUGUCUACCAGGACAGUGGCAGUGGGGUGUUCCUCAGUCACCUGCUUCUUCUGCUCCAUUCUUAUACCUACAACCUUCUGAGGUUAUUUAUCAGCCAGUGGAAAUUACACAAGAUGGUGGAUGUGUUCCUCCUCCACUAUCUCUGAUGGAAACAUCAGUUCCAGAGCCUUAUUCUGAUCAUGGAGUUCAAGCAACGUAUCACCAGGUUUAUGCUCCAAGUGCCAUUGCUAUGCCUGCACCUGUGAUGCAGCCUGAACCAAUUAAAUGUGGAGCAUUCAUUAUUAAGACAACUAGGCAGCUCUAGUCCAGCUCAACUGAUUUCUUGUCCAAUGAUCGUUGUGUGGCCGAGAUCCAGCUUCAACGAACCGGCUAGAAGCUGCCCGUUGUGAAAUUUAGGGUUAGUUAAUACCUCACCAUACUUACUUAUUCCAACUACAAGCUGUCUAAAUUUGAUGAAAUUUGCCCUUUCAGCAGUUCUACAAAAUCAUUAAGGUAGAUGUGGCAUGAUGGUUUUUUAUAUGUAUUAAUCUAACUAUAGUGACAUUUUCUAUAACAGAUGUUUUAUCCAUUCCAUGAAUAAUAACCACAUUGGGAAUAGUAAGGUGUCUUUCAUUUUCUCUGCUUUGUGUUCUUUUCUUCACAAACAUUUAGAUGUUAUGUUUCCUAUUCUUUGAUAUUUAUUUUCAUAUUUAGGAUAAGAAUCAUUUCUAAUUCUAAUAGAAUUUUUAACAUGUUCAUGCCUUUUAGCAUAUAGUUUACUAUUUAAUCUUAAUAAUUUAGUUCUACCACUUUGCUUUGCUUUGAAAUUCUAUUUUGUUAUUUCACAUGGUUUUGUCUAAUUUUUUAUUACUCUGUUACUGCUACUCUGUAUUAAUUUUGCUUCUGCCAUGAUUUUCAGAACAGAGAUAUUUAUACUUUUUUAUAACAUUUUGCAAGUAUUAUAAGUACCAUCAACAUUAUCACUAUUCUUGCCUUUUCAUGUGUUUGACUAUAUAAUUUUUUUCUCUAAUGUUUGAGAUAAUACUGUAAUCUUCCUGUAACAUAAUCCAUUUUAGUAUCAAAUUUUAUGUAAUAUGGAUCCCACCUAAUGGAAUUAUUUUGAUAAAAGAAGGGCUCACCUCUGACA